CCCCGAUCACGGAGCAAGGAUCUCGAAGGAUACACCUUCACAGGGAAUCGGCAGCCGGCACUGCAUGCCGUUGCACUUCGGCUAGUAUUUAGUGUGGGGGUUUUGUGUGCUCUCGCGUGUGCUUUUGUUGCCACUUUCGCUUUCGAGCCACACCGGAGUUGAUUAUCCUUUCCGUCAGGAGCUGUUCCGUUCAGGCAUCGGUGCUUUCUGUGGUGUGGAAUUUUCCCGAAAAACCAAGGAUCCCCUUUCCCGACAAAAAGAAAAACACCCAUGAGCCCACCGACAGCAGCAGGACUGCAGCUGAUGCUGCUGCUAGCGCUAGGACUCGCGAACUUCGCUUUUGGAGCGGCUGUCGAAACGCCACCAGACGCGCCGACACCCCUCGAGAGCAUCGCAAGGACCGGUGAGGAUCCGGACACCGACGAUGGGCUGUCAAGUUACGUGGCGUUUGGUGAAGGCGAGCUUUCCGUGCCCUCGGCUCGACCGAUCGCUUCCUCCACUGGUGGUUGGAGUUUGUCCCGGUCACGCUUCAAUCCGCAGCUGCUGGAUGGGUUGAGGGCUGCUUUGGCGGUGGAAAGCGAUUUGCAGGGCGAACAGAUGCACCUUCGAGCGGAUGAGGACACGCGUGAGCCGGGCUUUGAUGCUUCCGAGCGGAUCCUUCCGAAGCGAGCUCCAACGGGGUUUACGGGCAUGCGAGGACGUCGCAUUCCGUCAGGAUUCAAUGGCGUACGCGGUAAGAAGUCGCUCUCGCUGUUCGGUUGGGACAAUCAGGCUGCCCGGAGCAGUGGUCCAAACUCGUACCGGGACGGUAAACGAGCACCGUCAGGAUUCUUGGGAAUGCGCGGUAAGAAAAGCUUCGAAGUGACACCUGACGAACGGUGGAACUUGGAGGAUCUCGAGGACGAUCGGCAAGUGAAGGAGUACCCGAGUUUUCUCGUGCUCGAUCCAGCCUUUGGACCAGCGAUGCAUUACAACGGAGCACCUCCAAAACGCGUCCCAAACGGGUUUAUGGGACUGCGCGGUUAAAGGACACACAGGACCAAGAGCAACGACGGGAGCACGUGGAGAGCGCGUCAAAGGACCUGCAGAGAGGGAGGGGGAAGGAUCUCGCGGUAAGCUGCUCAACAUCGACGUCAUCAGGCAUCUGCUGCUAGACAUAUCAUCAUGAUCAUCAUUAUCAGUGAAGUCAUCGCGACUUCUCCAGUGUACAGCGGGCGGCAUUUGCUAGGACGUGUUCUCUCUCUCUCUCUCUCUCUCUGUGUUGUUCGCUCUCACUUUCUCUCUCUCUCUCUCUCUCUCUCUGGCUCGUCCUGGAGGAUGCCCCUGGAGAUGCCCCACUAAAUUAUGCGAAAACUAAACCGAAACUGAAUACAAACUGGCUUCUGGAAGUAU